AUGGGCAUCCCUGCCAAGCUGCCAGCCGGCAUUUCCGAGCUGGAGGGCACAAAAUACAACUGCUUCCCUCCAUCUUUCAUCACUGCUGCAACUCUUGCUUCACUGCCUGGGGAAACCUCACUGGAGAGGGUGACUAUCAGCCGUCCCCUCAGCCGUCCUCGCUCUCCUGACCAUAAUGCGGGUGACAGGACUGGAACGUUUUGCUCCGAUGAGCGCUGCUUUAAAGCCAAAUGCCAAUCACAUUGCCCAUGCUGCUGCUGUGCUCACCUGGCUGCUCUCCUACCGUUGGCAGGCCUGAUCCGGUACGUGGCUCUGUUCCUCACGCUGCUGGGCACAUGGUACCUCGUGCAGACGUACUUUGAUCGGAGCUGGAAAGCCAUCAGCCUGCGAAGCUGGAUCGGUGAGCUCCACUCCUCCCUCACAGACAAAGAGCAGCCCAGGCACAAGUGCGGGAACCAGAAAAGCUGCCCCGAGAACUAUUUUGCCUUCAAGAUCAUCAGCGGUGCUGCAAACGUGGUGGGACCCUCCAUCUGCUUCGAUGACGUGAUCCUCAUGAGCGGUGUGAAAAACAACAUUGGCAGAGGCCUGAACAUUGCACUGGUGAAUGGAACGAACGGACAGCUCCUGACAACUGACACGUUUGACAUGUACUCUGGAGACAUCAACAAACUGGAUACCUUCCUGCAGAAGAUCAAGCGCGGCACCAUUGUGCUGACAGCCAGCUAUGAUGAUGCUGCCACAAAGAUGAAUGACAAAGUAAGGGCACAUUUUGCAGAGCUGGGCAGCAGCCAGGUGAGUCAGCUGGGCUUCCGGGACAACUGGGUCUUCUUGGGAGCAAAAGGGCUGAAGAACAAGAGCCCCUUUGAAGAGCACAUCAAAAAUGAUGUGAAGACAAAUAAAUAUGAUGGCUGGCCUGAGCUGCUGGAGAUGGAGGGCUGUGCCCCCAGGAAGAUGGACUAGCACCAAGCUCCAGCCUGUCACAGAGGCAAGACUUGUCUCACAGGGACCCUAGCCCCAUAACACUGACCUCAGCCACAGCUGCCCGCUCCCAGGGACUGGCCACUUCACAGCAGGGGCUGCACAGGGCUUGGAGAGCUGUACAUGCCUCAGCAAAUGCCUGGCCAGGCUUCAGGCAAGUUGUCUUUAUCUAUGGAUUCAUCUGGGGUAUUUGAAUUUUCUGUCCUUAAACAAAACAAAGCAAAAAAG